AUGGCCGCCGUCACCGAACUUCCAAAGAUGAACCAAGAGCUCGCUGGAGCCGUCCGAGAGGGAUUGGAGCUCAAGAAGGUCGAGACCAACGAAAAGAACAUCUUGCCAACUAAAGAAGAUGUCGAAGUCGAAAAGCAGCUCGUCGAGCGCAUCCAAGAAAUCGAAGCCUUCGACUCCACCAAACUUCACUCCACACCAGUCAAGGAAAAGAUCGUUCUCCCAUCGGCUGACGACAUCAAGCAAGAGAAACAACACCAAGAACUCACCGAUGGAAUCCAAAACUUCCCAUCGGAGAAUUUGAAGAAGACCGAGACCACCGAGAAGAACGUUCUUCCAUCUCCAACCGACAUCGCUCGCGAGAAGACUCUCCAAAUGGCUGCUUCAUUCGACAAGAGUGCUCUUCACCACGUCGAAACCAUCGUCUCCAACGACAUCCGUGUUACCGACGCCCAAUAG